AUGGAGCACACCCCGCCGCCUGCCCUCACAAGGUCGCCUUCAUCUCCUGCAAACACAUACUGCCCUUCAGAGAGGUCCUCGCUUGACUACCCGUCGCCGGGCAUGGUAGAGCAACAAUACAAGAUCUCUUCGAUGUAUGGAGACCAGUCCUGCGUGACCCCUUCCAUGGACGCCGACUUGUCUCUUCCUCCCCUUGACUCGAUGGGCCACUCGGACUGGAACAGCGCGACGGUCAUCCACCCGAUUUCGUCCGCCUCCGCCAUGCCCAACAUCCUGUCUGCCGACUACGAUAGCUUCACCACCUACCCUUACAGCCACGAUGUCUACCACUCGCACCCGACCAGCCACCCGCCCUCGCUCCAUGCCUCCACGCCCCCGCCCACGGCGUCGGCUCCCCGGUCUCCGGCACCGAUGAGGACUCCUUACACGCCGGCCACUUCGGUCCCGGCCCCUAUGACCCCGCGAGUGAAGAUGGAAGGGGCUUCGGAUUACAGCCAAAGCACCGAGGCGUCGCAUUACCCUUCGCCGCGAUCGAUCCACACAUCCUACACCUCAGACAGCGGCCCGUAUGCCAGCAGCACCUCAACCGGUUACCUGUCCGACAACGGGUCCGCCUCGUGGAGCAAGCCCGAGUUCCAGCCUCUUGAGCCUGAGCACUACUAUCAAGCCCCGCCCCCGCCGCCGUCAGCAUUCAUGCACCACGACACUCGGAGGCAUGCGUACCGGGUUAACCGGCCCAAGAGGGCGCCGCGCCGGCUGACGACCAAGGAGGAAGCCAACUUCCAGUGCGAGGUCAAGGGAUGCGGCAAGCUCUUUAGCCGCAGCUACAACUUCAAGGCCCACAUGGAGACCCACGACGAGAAGCGCGAGUACCCUUUCCCGUGCCAGGUCCCCGACUGCACCAAGAAGUUUGUGCGCAAGACGGACCUGCAGCGCCACCACCAGAGCGUCCACCUCCGCGAACGCACCCACAAGUGCGACUACUGCUCGCGCAUGUUUGCCCGCAAGGACACCCUGAGGAGGCAUAUGGAAGAUGGCUGCUCCAAGCGGUUCGAUAUUGGCACCGUGGACUUCCGCGCUGAGGCUGGCUACGACAGCAUGCACCCCAGCGCGCGGUCCAUGGCACCCCUGGGCCACAUGAUUCCGCCGCCGGGUGUUCUGCCUCCCAUUGGCAUCCCCCCGCUCUGUGGCACCAACAUGCUCGGUUCCAUGCCUCCGUCGAUGCGGCCCAGCAGGGAGCCCCUCGCCGCGGGUGAUGCCGGCCAGGGACACAACUGGGGGAGGUGA